AUGCCGAGUAGUACAGCGACGAUGGUGGGUUCAUCGAGCUCAUGGUCUCUGGCGUUGGUGCGAAUCUCUCCGUACACAUUCUCCGCCAUCGGAAUCGCAAUCGCCAUAGGUGUUUCUGUUCUCGGCGCUGCUUGGGGAAUAUAUAUAACCGGAAGUAGUUUGAUUGGAGCUGCUAUUAAAGCCCCCAGAAUCACAUCCAAAAAUCUUAUCAGUGUAAUUUUCUGUGAGGCUGUUGCUAUUUAUGGAGUCAUUGUGGCUAUCAUUCUUCAAACAAAGCUAGAAAGUGUCUCCUCAUCCAAUAUUUAUGAACCUGAGUCCCUCAGAGCAGGAUAUGCCAUCUUUGCCUCAGGAAUAAUAGUGGGCUUUGCAAAUCUUUUCUGCGGGUUAUGUGUUGGAAUAAUUGGAAGUAGCUGUGCUUUGUCUGAUGCUCAAAACUCUUCACUUUUUGUUAAGAUCCUUGUGAUUGAGAUCUUUGGUAGUGCACUUGGAUUGUUUGGCGUGAUCGUGGGGAUAAUCAUGUCAGCUCAAGCAACAUGGCCAUCUACGAUAGGGUGA